UCGCGCUCUGAGGAGGCGGCGCUGUGCUGUGGUGCGGACCUCGGGGCGGCGUUGUCCGCGCGGCCAGGCACCUGAAAGGGUGAAGGCGAGAGAGGCAGAUGACGACGCUGAACACAGGCUCUGCAAGAUGCCCAGGAGGCUGAGGCAGGAGCAUGGCAAGUUUUCGGCCAACCUGGACAACUUAACAGGACCCUGUCCAAAAAACAAAACAAGCCAGGUAGAAGACAGAAGGGUGAGAGAGCCAGAUGCUAUGUGGAACUCCUUUGAAAGCCCUUAAUCCCACUUGAAAGAGGAGCUCCCAGGCCUCGUCCCCUCCUCAAGAUUGAACCCUAAAUAGUAUGUGGCUGAUUCUGUCACCUGAGAAGAUGAAGCAGGUGAAUUUCAAGUUCAAGGCCAGCUUGGACUUCAGAAAUCUCCAUAAUGAAUGGAUCCAGUGUAGCAGGUACAUCACCCAGUGUGAAAUGCAAAGAGGACCAAGGGUUAAAUGGACAUGAGGAAAAGGAAAACCCAUUUGCAGAAUAUAUGUGGAUGGAGAAUGAAGAGGAUUUCAAUAGACAGGUGGAAGAAGAGCUGCAGGAGCAAGACUUCUUGGACCGCUGCUUCCAGGAGAUGCUGGAUGAAGAGGACCAGGACUGGUUCAUUCCAGCACGAGACUUGCCUCAGGCUGUGGGACACUUACAGCAGCAGUUAAAUGGACUAUCAGUCAGCGACAGUCAUGAAUCUGAGGACAUUUUGAGCAAAAGUAACCUGAAUCCAGAUGCCAAGGAGUUUAUUCCAGGAGUGAAGUACUGAGCUUUUGGAAGCUUCCAGAAGGACUUGUUUUGUCCCCGUACCUGGGGCCAGCAAUGCACAAAAAGGCAGCGCUGAAGGGGGGUGGCAAGGGUGUGCAGCCAGGGCGGGUUGGGUUGGGAAGGUGGUUUAACUGGAUACUGUGACUGAGUAACGAAUGUGCGAGGUACUACUCUCCAAGCUCUCUGAGCAUGGCUCUUCUGUUCUGCUGACUUGUUCAGAGAAGUUUCCCAUUUUAUUUUAUUUUUUGAAGAGCUCUUUGGAGUUAAGGAACUGCAGUUGUUUUUUUUUCCCUUGUUAGAAAUGUUCUGUCUGUAUUCAAGCAAAGUAAGCUGACCAAGGAAAGCAGUAUUUAAGAAAUAUCUUCCCUGCUGUGUAUCUGCCAGGAGCAGGGCAUCUGGAGAGCGUAAGGAAUUUACAGCUGAGUGGUAAGAGGGAAAAAUAGAACAGGAGAUAUAAACCAGUUGCAACAUUCAGCUUCCCCACCCCUGACAUUUCCAUGGUGAAGUGGUGAACUAAGUGGCAGAGAGAGCCCUUGUCUUCUUGCCUGAGCUCUGCUCUACUAAAGAAAACACAGAUUGGAAAGUUCUUAGGUGAAUGUAACUGGAUGGUUGCAAGUUGUACAUCAGAAGAGCAGGGCUUGAUGGGGGCUGUCAUUUAGUUGCUGCUGGCCUGGUGUUGAGCAUAGGUGUGUAGCUGCUGUCGCUCAUUGUUUACAGGUAAAAGUCACAUAGAGUUGCUUUGCCUUCAUGAUUCUCAUGCGGGCUACUCCUGGCCUCUUUCUCUCACAGCUCUAAAAGACACUAUUAGCCAAAGUCUGAGACUGACCUUUUGUUGGGCUAGUUGCAUCUUGAAUCUUCUUGGACAGUUUUGGUUUUGUUUUCCUUAGUCCCAUCAAUAUCUGACUCUUACAGUGUCUUAAUUCCCUCAAAGAUUUCUGUAUUUUUUUUUUUCAAGGAAAUACAUUUUUCUAAACACUAGCAAGCUGCUCAGCUCAGUUUGGGUGCUUCUCCUGCCUUACAGAGUGAUUCCCAGAAACUAAGCUACUGAGGAGUCCUGCCCGAGAAUACAACAGAGCUCCUUGGAGCUGUUAAUGGGUAUUAAUGCUCCCACAAACUAACUUUUUUCAUUUCCUAAGCUAGGUGCACCCUUAGUUCUACCUGUAACUCACUAGGGUUUGGUUGAUCUUCUGUCAAACUGAAUUCCACUGGAAGCUGCUGCUGUGAGUAGAGGCGAAGGUGGUAAUGUUGAAGGGGAAAGGACAAGCGUCCUCUCCUGUUCAUACUCCCAGGACAAGGGAUUUGGAGAGGCCUGAGACUGCUGUGGCUUGUGUGUGACUGUCACUGUGCUGUGCAUUAACUCUGGAAGGAUCAUGUAGCUUCCAGUCUGUCAGCUUAGCAUGUGGAUGUGGGCAGAGAUUGGGAGGAAAGGACUGGGGUCUGAAAAGUUGAAACAUUUCCCUUUUUCAUAAGCUGGUUUUCCAGCUUUCCAUUUUGUCUUGGUACCAGGAAUAGAACCCAAGGUCUCAUUUAUGCUAGGUUAGUCCUACCCUUGAGCUGUUCUCAACCCUCCCUUGUUGACUUGUAGACAGCCCCAGCAGUUAAACACAAACUUCCCUGUUUUUCCUAUUAAAGUCUCAUAGGAUGGCAUCUUGUGACAGUGGCCUUCUCCCGAGGCCACAUGAUAGUGACUAGCUCAGGGAACUUGUAUGGCCAGACACACAUUGACUCCCAAAGCCUCUCCCUCAAGAGACUAGGAACUCCUAGUCCUCUAGGAAGACUUUAUUCCUGCUCCAGCUUUUAGCUUGGCUUUCCACUUAUAAUAAGGAGAAGGGUAAGGGUGGGGCAUAAAAAAGAUUCUGCCGCAGUCUCCUCUAGGCUUUUGGAGUUCAGAAUGCAUCAGGAUUGCAGGAAGAUUCUUGAGAAUCUCUAUCUGCAUAUAGUGCAUCCUCCUCUGAGUACCUGGCUGUAAAGCCUGUGUAAGCCUGAGGAGGUUUUGUUCUAUCCUAAAGUUUUACCCUUUGGAAGCCAAGCUGCUAGUUGUGGUCUAAAAGGCCUACCUUCCUUCCUACUUUGCUGGCUCUUUUUACUUGGAUGUCAGUCUCUGUUCUUUUGUCGAGGGUGCAUUUGGUUAAUACUUCUAGAAUGCUGUUGUGUAUGCCUGGAAACAAGUGCUGGUAUGUUGGGUCUACCUCAUAGGCAAGCAUGCUGACUCCAGGCUUGGGGUACAGCCAAUGAGGCUGAGCUUAGUACAUGUGGUAUGACUUAUUCCUAUGGCCCAACUCUUCUUUCAUCCAAUGUUGUGAGGUAGCAUAAUUGUGCCCUAGACUACAGGCUCAGCCUUAGUUUGCAAACUUAGCAGAAGACUUUUGGGGUUUCGUAGGUUCCCCCCUUGGGAAUCUAUACAGCAAUAUAAAAUGUACUUAAUAGUUGCUGGUCUGGCUGGCCCCAGUCUUCUUUUAUUAGUGACUAAGUUCUAAUUGUGAUUAUUUGACUCUUUAACUUUUUUCUUUUGUUGGGGGAGGGAUAAGGGACUGCAUAAGAUAUUGUAGAGGUAGGCAAAACCUAGGUACUGUAUUUAAGGGUCUGGGGCUAGUUUCUGUCUAUAGUGUACCUGACUUUAGGUUAUCAUAUAAGCAAACUAGAAUAUAGUCUAAAGAUUGAUCUUUUUUUUAUUGAACCCAGGAUUUCACAUGUGCUAUGCAAGCACUACACCAAGCUGCAUUCCCGACCUGUGAGAGGCUAGGUCUUGGUAGCAUUCGUAUUUCCAAAGUCACAAGAACUAUGAUUGCUUCACUAACCAUGGCUUUAAAAUAAAUGUUUUUAGUGAACUAUUAGGCAUUUUCCAUAUUAUUGUUAUGUCAAGGGUUUAUUUUGACUUUAGAGAGACUAAGAUGCAAGUAAAGAGCUCUGCCAGCCAGCACCUUCAAUGAGCCAGGAAAGGGGGGCAGCCAGAGUGAACCUCUUGAUUGGGGAUAUGGUAGAUGAGCGUGUGACUGGCUGGCUUCCUGAGUUUGUGUCCUGUUGCUAGAGGGGACAGGCCUCUGCAGUAAGAGUAUUGGUAUUGCAUGCUAUUAGUCUAGGUUUAUAGAAUGUCAAGGAUAGGAACUUACAGGUCUGACAAAUUUGACUAGAAGUUGGAAGUACCCACUUCUUGGAAAAGGUUAUCCCAGCCACUCUCAUCUGGGAGAACAGGAAUGGGAGGCACUAGUUUUGUCAAGUAGGAAGAGAAGAAAGGAUGCUGGUGUGUGAAACAGACCCUGAGUGACCUGUCCAUUCACAAUUGCCAUGAGACUCGUUGCCCCCUAGGAUGGCUCAGUGCAGUGGAUGUGAGCGCCUCCAAAGUCCAUUCUGCUACCUGGAGGAUGUCACCAGACUUAGACAUCUUCUAGACUUCACAGUCUGGAAGGAGGUGGGACUCUUUUUCCUAUGUUUAGUCUCCCACAAGAAGCUGCUGGUGGUGAUGGGAACAGAGAAGGAGUCUGCCCAGGCAAACAUUAGACUGCAUACUACCCUGCUGUCAUACACCACACUGCUGGACCCCAGAACAUAAGACCCACUGCUCUCUUCAAGAUGUCAAGCUUAGGAGCCACACUUCUCCUGUUCUUGGGGAACAGGAGGAAAUUGAAAGGACCAAAGGACAGAUAUGCUUUUUUUUUUUUAAUGUAAAAACCUUCCUACAUUUUUGUUGCUAAAAGUAUAAUUUAAAUGGAAGAUUUGAUGAGCUUUCCUCCCAAAUUUACCUUAUACCUUUUCUUUAAAAUGAAUAAACAAUAAAAAUUCCAGGUUACUUAAUACUA